AGGGUGUAAUAUUAAAAAAAAAAAAAAAAAAGAAAAAGAAAAACAUAAAAUGGAACAAUGGCAUCGGGGAGGGAUCUACCAAUGGCAUCUAAAUAUGGAUUCCUGGCAUCUCGAUCUAAUCCCACGGCUCUCCUCCUCUAUUUGUUGAUAAAUAUAUACAUAUAUAUGUAUAUCCCACCAAUCAAAUACUAUAACCACCAUUCACCCACAUGAGUAUGAGUAUGAGUAUGGCUUUGGAGGCGCUUGCAAUCAAUUACCUAACUCAUACUGUCUGGGCCUGGAUAGCCUUUCUAACCGCAGCUCUUAGCUUCUGGAAGAUCAAGCCUUCGCCUUCGCCUUUGCCACCUCCUGCUCAUCCCAUCUCAACGUCAACCUCGCCACCACCGCCACUCUCCGAUGAUGAGCCUGACCCUGAUGAUCAACAGGAGGUACCUUCUUCCUCAACCACAAUAUUUUGUUCGUUGGAGAAUAGAAGAAGCGGCAAAUUCAGGGUUUACUACGAUGGUAUAGCCGUAGCAGCUAGGACUAGGAGACCAAUCAAGGGUUCCGUGCAUAAUCCUCAAAGACUAGUACUGGGUGAUCAUGGAUGGGAAGCCUUAUUAAAGUUGAAGACAGCCGAGAUGGGGUGGUACCGCUACCAGGAUUUGACGAUGUUAGACGGUAGUGUUGUUCAGUUGUGGAACUAAUUCAUCUACUUAUAGAGAGAGUAUUAUUAGUUAAUAUCUAGUUGUGUGUGUAUGUUUCAUGUCCCUUAAAUUGUACAUACAUGAAAUUGAAAUAAUAACAAUAAUAAUAAUAUGGAAAUGCUUAAUUAAGCAAUUAAUUUUGUA